AAAAAGCAGAGAGCUACUACAUUGUCAUGACGUGGACGAAAUUUUAUUUUCGGAUAAAAAAAUGUUUUUAUUGCAAGAUAGCCACAAUCGGCAAAAUAAUGGCGUAUAUGCAAUAUGUCUGGCAGAUGCCCCCAUAUACAAAUUGGCUGUGGAACGACACCAAAAUGCUUCCAAAGUUAUAGUCUGGAGGGCAAUAUCAAUGAAGCGAAAGUUGCCGCACCUUUUCAUCGACCAAAGAGUCAAAAUUGACACAAAUUAUAAUGUAGAAAAUGUUUCGGAAGGUCAUCUAUUACCACACGCUCAGAAGUUGUAUGGCACCGAAUAUUUCUGUUUUCAAGAAUAUCCAAGCAAACCGCACUCAGGACUGGUGUAAUAAAAAUUUACCCGAUUUUAUAUCAGUUAAGGAAUGGUCUGCUGCGUCGCCAGAUCUGAAUCCUCUUGACUUCUGCAUAUGGAGAUAUAUGCGCAGUAAAAUCGGUGUUACGAAAGGCUUAACCAGUUUGAAGAUCGGCUGAGGAAAAUUUGGGAUGAAAUGGACCAAGAUAUGUUGCGUGCCGCUUGUAAAUAGUUCCUCAAACGCUUACGUCAAACUAUUAAAGAAAAAGAGGAAAGAUUUGAACUAACGACCUAAUUCCACAAUCAUUAAAGUCAUUUUUAUUUAAUAUAAAAAAGUAUGAAAUUUUUCUUUAAUUUUUAUUGCACUUUGUUUUGAUGAAACUUAUUCUAGGUCACACGGUACGCCCUCGCUGUAUGCAUUGUAAACUUUGUAGCAGAAUUCAUGGCAGGACAAUAAAAGUUAACUUAAUUAUACGUUUUAUUAUUAUAAAUUAAAUUAAUAUUAAUUUUUGAAUGCUAGUUUUAAAUAAAUGUAUUUCAUUUUAUAAUAUGGGUGUCGCCACAGAUUUCACCUUCGCGAAAAAAAGAAAAUAAUACUAGCGAUUUUUACUUAGUCUUUUCAAAGACGAAAAAUUGGACAAUGGACCCGGCAGCGUCCGCCUUAAAGUGAAAUCCUAUAUCUCAGAAACUACUCUACCAAUUUCAAAAUAAUAUGGUGCAUACAUUACAGUGACAUUAACUGUGGAAAUGAGCAAAAUCGGCACACCUAAGAAUUGAAGUUAUCGCAAUAAAUCCUCUCAGAAAUAGUGCCUUUGAGGUAUGUCAUCUUAUGUGUAAAAAUUGUCCAAGUCAGACCAUAGGUUUUGAAUAUGUAGACCUUUUACCUAAAAUUUUCGUCAAUCUGCGAUAUAUGAAAUCUAGAUAGAAUCUUUUUCUUAGAAUCUUCUUAAUAUACAAAUUCUUACUUAAGUAUUCUCUUAACCACUAACGGACUAUGAAUUCAUUUGCUUUAAACCCAAACUCGCUUAUAAUAUAUAGGCAGAAGCGAUCCUCUUACUUUUUCCUCAUAUACCCAAUAUUUUUAAUUUCGUCCCUUUGCCAUAGUAGAUUUUAGAAGGUAUCCGCGAUCCAUUUACUUUUUCCUUAUAUACCCAAUAUUAUUAUUUUUGUUCCUUUACCAUAGCAGAGUUUAGAUCUCAUAGAUAUGUAUAUCUCAGUACAAUUUAGAUUAGCAAUAUUUUAUUCGGUUGUGAACUGCAUGGAUAUUGGUGUGUACCGUUCUCCAAGCACUUCGACGAUGAAUGUAGAGAUUUGAUUUAGUUAUAUUAAAGUAUAUAAAAAUUGAUGUGUUCUAUAGAUUCGUAAACUAUGCAUUUGAUCAUGUGAUGACCUUUAGUAAAGUAGUUGUGCAUGAGCCAAAAAAGGUUUAUGAGUUGGUACGACAAAUUUUCAACAGAUAGCGCCACUACCAUUCCAAUGUAAAUUGUGAAAUUUAUGUCCGGCUCACAUUGAAUAGACAAUGGGUUUUUUCUGCAUCCAGCGCACAACGAAGUUAAGUUGAGUCUAAAAGACUAUCAGCUGACUCAAUCCAAAAAGAUAUAUAUUGUAUAUAUAAACAAAUGAAAUUGUUCUAAUUGCAACGAGCGAAAGAUUAUUGCUGCAAAAGUUCGUUUGUACAGCUAGUAUUUUAAUAUAUGUCGGGGUAAGUGAUUAUAGGACCUGCAGCUUAAGUAAGAUACCAAAUAUGAUUUUGAACCAUUCAUAAUUUCGUCAAAUAAUGAAUAUUGAGUUCGCAGCAUAUUUAAUAUCAAGUUUUGCUAACACUUGAAAAUAUUUCCCCGGCUUUGACCUUUGAAUUGACGGAGUACAAAAUGUUCGGUUACACCAGACCUUAGCCCUUCGCUACAUGUUUAAUAUAAGGUUUUGCUUUAUUCUUGCAAAUUCCGAGAAUAUAAAAAUGACUGGGAAUGGAAAGUCGAAUGGUGAUACAAAUUAUUUCUUGACUUCAUAAAAACGUACCACUAGUAACAACCUUACAAUUCGAAAAUCGAAUCUUCAAACGUUUGGAAUUAGUGGAGAUUUUUCACUGUUCUCAAUACCUUCGAAUAAUUCUUAAGUAGGUAUGCUAUGUGAAUAAUUUAAACUCGUUCCGCCAGUUCUUGGUCAUCCGAUUUGAGUGUAACAUACUUUCAUUACAAAUAUAUCUAAUUUUUUGGGCUAUAUCCAUUUUGAAUCGGUUAAGGGGCACACCUUUAAUUAAAUAAAUUAAAAAAAAAAAAUGUAUUGUUUUGGGUAUAUUUAUACAUGUUUCAAGAAUACACAGUGCAAUUUUUGAAAAACAUUUAAUAUAUUUUGAGUUAUACGAGAGCUCCGACAUCCACAGCUGCAGUGAGUCCGGCCUUCUCCGGAAAUCAAACCUAAAUAUAAAAAAUAAUCGUUAAACUAGACGAUAUUCUCUUUACAAUGGCCUACGAUCAAAAUAAAUUAAAAAUUGACAAAAUAGCAGCGCUUUUUAAAAAAAAAGUUGAUUCUUACUCAAAAUGUUGAUCGUUUUUGGCCUGCCAAAUAAUACGUCUAUGCCCCUUACAACGGAUUUGUUCUAAACUAGUAAACGAACUAUAGUUAUCUGGUGUGAAAACUCUCCAUUCGUAACCGUAUUAUACCUUCUCAAGCCCCCACACACCGAUUUGUAAGAAAUCUUAAUACAAUUAAGUGGACAUAUUUUCCUGAUAAUAAUAAUACCAAAAGUAAAUAAAGGCGGUCCAGACUUCCCUUAGUCCUAAUUAUUCAAUAUACUUAACUUAAUUCCGCAUGCUUUCUUGGUCACCGUUGAUUUCCACUAGUAUUACAUCUUUCUUUACCAAAAAUUAGUGUAAUCGGAAUGCAUAAAUAUAAUAAACAGAAAAGAUAGCUAAAUAAAUAUUUAAAAUAAAACGUGAUAAUAUAGUUUUGUAAAAUAUUUCGUCUAAUAAAAUAUGUUGCAUUCAAUAUUUUUAUAAUCUUAAAACACGUUGCAAUAUAUACUAACUUUGUAUAUACUAACUUUGUUGUUGCAAACACGUAAAACUUAUCGAUAUAAAUAUAAAAUUGGAUGAUGAGACGAGUGGAAUUAUGGGCUAUUGUCUGUCCGAUCGUCCAUCUGUCUGCUCGUCCGUGCAAGCGAUAACUUCAAUAAAAGUUCAGAUAUUUUCAUGAAGCUUUGUACACAUGUUCCAUAGCAAUUUAAGGAGGUUGAUAUUUCAGAUGAAUGAAAUCAGACCGAGAUAGUGUUAUCCGAAAAAUUAUAAAAUGCUUUAACCAAGCUUCAAAGUAAGGUAUAAAACUGCAACUUGAUACAGAAAAUCACAGUAGGAGGGGUAUCUGUAGUUACAACUUUCGUUGUUGAUUUACGUGAGUACCUGCCGGCGACGGCCUUACCUCACGGUGCUCCAAAGCACAACGUAUCAAUACAAUGCGUUGAUAAGCGCCCCAAAUAAUACGAGCUAUUUGCAAGUAUUAAUUUGGUUACCAGUGGCAGUGUGUCUGGGCACACACUACCAUCUUGGUAAGAUUCGAGGCCGACCUAAAAUCUCUUCCGUUUUGGGGUACAGAACGCAGUUGCUUUUUGCAACUUCUUUUUAGAACUGAAAAAACAGUUAGGCUGAAUUUUCAGUUCUUCCUGCAUUUAGGUUAGGCCAUAACCCAACGAGCAAAUUGGACCGAAGUCCAAGGGCUUUCUGCUCCCCGUGGUACCAGAAAGCCUCCAGUAAGACUGUGUAGCCGAAACUACUGCCAGUUGAGCUGCCCAUUAGUCAAUGACUGGUGACAUUUGCUUUUCCAUUUAAAGUCUAUAAUAUCAUUUCAAGCUGAGUAUUAUAGCACUAUUUCUGACAUACUAUGCUGAUAUUACUGAGCAAGGUACAUAAUAACAGUCAUAGUGCAUAUUGGCUUUUAGUCGCCUCUUACGACAGGCAUGCCUUACCGCGGGUAAAUUAUUACCCCUACCCGCAGGGGGAUCUGUAGUUACAGUACAUAUCUCAUAAACCAUACUUGCUGAGUACAAAUCCUUAUAGCCCCUCCUCAUACAGAGCGGAUGAAAUCGGUUGAUAACCACACGCCUACUCCUAAUAUAACGGUUAUGUUGCAAACUACUAAAUCUGUGAUAACUCACUAAAAUACGUCAGAAGCAUUAAAUUUCACAUUCAAAAUGGUUCCAAAGGCUUGUUGUUAGAAUCGGCGUUUAAACUGUACAAUGAGAGUGAAAUCCCAUGAAAUACUCGACUAAUUUCAACCAAAUUAGCUGUAUAAUUUAUCCUGAUAUUCUUAUGUUAGAGUGGGUAAUUCGUUUGAUGACCACGCUCUCUUUUCAUAUAACACAAUUUUAGAUUCUCUCUAAUUCUUUUUUCUUUAAGUAUUGCACCAAGCAAGAAAAAAGUAAUGAAAAUAAAACACAUAUAGUGUCUUUAAAGUAUGCUCUCUCACGUCUAAACUUUGUCGAAAUCGAAUGUGUGGACCCUAUGCCUAUUGCUGACUGUUCAUCUAAAAUAAACUGCAAUCUAUGAGAUAUACUUAGCCUUUUCAUAACUUCUGUUACAAAGUUUACAAUUCGUACAGCGAGGAAAAAUUCACAGAAAAAAGCCAUUUUUUAUUAUAAUUUGUAUGCAGUGUCUACUCCUAUAAUAAUCAGUUCAGUGUUUGAUUUCGCUUAUUAGCAAUUAGUGGGGAGCUAAAGAAAAUCGUAUUGUGGUGAUUGCAAGUGAAAUUAUGAGAUCAAUGUCAAGACUUAAUCGAGAUGAUCUCUACAUGAAAAUCUACUGUCAGUCGACUGAUAAUCUUCUGACAAUGCGCUUGAAGCAAAUUAGGUUCAACAGCUCCAGUAAAGCCGUUACAUCUAUUAAAAAGUUUUUAAAACUGAAGCAAAAGUUUACCUGAAAGAUGUUUUAGAAGGCGUGGUAAACAUUUAAGCAAUUCUUUUAGAUGGAUAGCUUUUGAUCUUUCAGCAAGAUUUUUCUCCAGCACAUAAGGCAAAAAGCAAUGCUUAAAAAACUAUAUGGCUAGUUUCAUAGCUGCAGGUUAUUGGUCGUCUGGAUAUUCAGAUUUGAGUUGGAGAACAUGACCUGUCGAAUACUCCACAAAAAUUUAGCCUCAAAAAUCUUUUUUUCAAUCAGCGUCGUUAGUACAAAUAAAAACUGCAUGCUGCUAUUGAUCAAUGGCCGAAUCGUUUGAGGGCUUGUGUGAAAGCAAUGGGUGUUGGUGUUUUCGAGUCGCGGCAACAGCGUCCAAAUUCGAUUGACCUUCGUAACAUCACCAAUUCUGAACUUUCAAGUGGUGGCUAUUGUAGCUCCCAUGCACAUACUAUUACUUCUAAUAUUUCGGGCAUUGUAACUAAUGCUGUUAAUCAAAAAACAGUCUCUCCGGAUAAAAAUGAAAAUGGUAUUAUAUCAAUGCAUUCAAUGCAGAGCGCUGAACAAACCGUGCACGUGGAAAAUAUUUGUGAUGAUGAAAUAUUUAGCGAAAAUCAGAACUUUGAACAGUCUGGUUAUUUCAUUUCUGAGGGAAUGGGCACAUCAGGAAUAAAUUCACGGAUAAAAAUUCGCCCUUCUCAACCUCCACCAGCUCCACCAUCAAACGGAAGCAGAAAUGGCACACCUGUAUCUUCUAAUGCUAAUACCCCAACACGUAUCCGAAAUUUGUCAAAUAAUAGAGACAUAUUGCCUCCACCACCACCAAUCCCGGAAGGAGUUAUUAAUAUAUCCCCACCUAGAGCACUCUCUGUUGGGAACGGAAAUGCUUCAAUAGGAAUUUCUGUUCAAUUGCCGAAGAACAAAUCAAGUAUUUUAUUGCACCUAGAUAACAAUUUCACUAAUUCGAAUCUGGCUAAUAUGUCCCGACCUCCUAUAUAUCAGGAUUUGUCUUCAUCACCACAGGCGGAACAGCAGCUUGAAUAUGGACGACCAAGCAAUUGAGGAUAUUCUGAAUAACACUGACUUUGACAUAUCUGAAGACGAUGAUGAUGAAGAGUACUUGCCUCCGGAUAUCUUAAAAGCUCUUCAAGAGUCUAAAGAAGCGGAAAAUAGUUGAGAAGGCGAAGCGAAGAAUACCUGAGGAAGCGAGACAAGACGACGGAAAUAUUGACGAAGUAAGUCAAAUGACAUCACGAUCAUUCCUUCGGAAGAACGUAAUGCCCUGUCGUGGACCUGAUCAUGUAGAUGACGUGCUAAUUUCGCAAGGGAAUGCAGACGUUAAUGUAUUGUUUUUGUUUUUUUUUUUGUUUUGAAUAUUUGGGGCUAUGGAAGGUAGGUAGGUAGAGUGGCUGUCUAACGACGCACCUAGGCCUAUAGGAGGCCCAUUGUGAUACCACCGGGACUAAUGUUCCCUCACUCUAUCGUCUUCUCUCUGAACCAACCUGUGCUUCUGAUGAAGCUCAUCAGUGCAAAUAGUUUUAUAUUAACAACUGCCGAUUCAGGGCAACCCUCGACCGAUAGUUGCGAUUCUUUUUCUGUAUCUAGCUAUCUAUGUCAAUACUUUUAAAUUUUAAUAGUCGGUUUGUGCGACUCACGCUCCAUUCCUGCCACGUUAGUCUGCUAGUUGAGCAAGUUAUUGAAUGUCUUGGCUGAGACUCAGCUAGAUUUGUAGCAUCUUCGCUGAUUAAGUGUUUGCAAGUCGCCAGAGGCUUAAAAAUUCCCUCUUUUUUAGGGGUUAAUUGUAAAGUGGUAGUUCAUCUGCUUCGCAGUUACCAGGAAUAUCAAUAUGUCCUGGAACCCAUUGCAGGUUUAUCGUGAAGUAGGAUGUUAGAUCCUCUAAUAGAUCAAGACAUUUUUUCACUAUCCUUGAUGAGACCAUAGGAGACUUGAGUGAUUUUAAGGCUGCUUGGCUAUCCGUAUAUAUGUAUAUAUAUGCUCCUUGUUGUAAGCACACUUUUUGUCAAUACCACAAGGCUUUCUUUGAUUGCUGUAAUUUCCGCCUGGAAAACACUGCAGUGGUCUGGUAACCGGAAUGCGAUUUUGGUUGCGGAAAAGACCCCACCUCCCACUCGAUUAUCUAGUUUGGAUCCAUCCGUGUAGAUGCUAAUUCCUGCAUUCCUGUCCACCCCGUACCUUUCAACACUCCUCUUUGGUGAGGAAGGCAAUAUUGUGGACUGAAUUUAGCUUCAAUUCUAUUGGAUUGCGGAAAUCCGUGGUUUUGGGUAAAAACGGAAAUAAACUAAGUAUCCUAGAAUGACUUUGCUGCCACUUGCUUUCUGUAAGCAGGUCUGUUGGUAAUAAAUGUAGCAUGAUGUUUAGUGCCUGGCUUGGCGUUAUUCUAAGAGCUCCACUAAUGCAUAUACUGGCUGCUCUUUGUAUACUUUCCAUACGCCUCACCGCGUAUUUCUUUUCCAUAAUUGGCCACCAUACCAAUAUACCGUAUGUCAUGAUUGGUUUGACCAUUGCUGUGUAGAGCCAAUAAGCUAUCCAAGGCGUUCCCUUCUUAUCUAGAUCCAACAGCAAUGUAUUCAUUGUCAGGAUCCAGAGAAGUAGGGAUAACACGCCUCCCUGAAGUUUAUCCCUUUGGACAGAUCUGCACAUGGUUGACGCUCCCAGCGUUGAAAAUAUUGAAUUGCUCGUGAGCAUCUGUUGAAUUAAUUUUCUGAGAGGUUCAGAGAUGCCCAGAUCCUUAGGCGCACUCAGUAUGGGCCUAGGCUGAAUAUUAUUGCUCCUUCUAUAACCAAGAAGGCAAUUAGAGUGUAUUCUUUAACUUCCAGAGAUCUUUCAAUCUCUGCUACCACUGAGCUUAGUGCUGUUUCUGUGGAUUUGCCUUUAAAAUACGCAUGCUGGUUUUAGUUUGUUUCUUAUAUGCAGUUCUAUUAGCCUUUCCAAUGUUUUUAGAAGGAAUGAGGAGAAGCUAAUUGGUCUUUAGGACUUGUAUGCGAGCUUUUGCCUGCCUUAGGUAUGUAAAUUAUCUUGACUUCCCUCCAAAGCGAAGGAAUAUAGUUUAAUUGCAGCGCCCCCUUAAGAAUGGUAACUAGCCAAUCCAUUAUGUAAUUCUGCGACUGCUCUAAUUGAACCGGGAAUAGACCAUCUGGUGCCGGCGACUUGAAGGGCUUGAAGCUAUUUAUUGCUUAGCGUUCGUUGCUUUCUGACACUAUGUUUAUAAGAGUAGAGUCUAUUUCUGCUCCACUGUCUUGAGUAUAUUUUACAGUAUGGCUUUCAGAACUACCUGGGAAGUGGAUAUUCAUUAGUAGUCCAAGUGACUCUUCACUGGAUACCGUCCAACUGCCGUCUGGCUUCUGAAGAUAACCGAUACUAUGCACCGGAUGUGCCAUUAUUUUCCUAAGUCGAAACGCUUCCGCUGUGUUCUCGAUAUCAUUACAAAAAGAUUUCCAAGAAUUUCUUUUUUGCUUUCCUAACUUCCUUUUUGUAUGACCUAAGGAGAUUGGUAUAAUAAUCCCAGACUGACAGACCUUGGGAUUGCUUAGCUAAAUUGAACUGCUUUCUGCAUUCUUUCUGUAACUUUUUAAGUUCAGGAGAACACCUGGAGACCUAAUUCUACCCCUACUUCGUGUUAUUGGACAAGCCACUUCUAAUGUUUGCCAGCAAGAUUCAGUGCAACGAUCAACGAGGAUAUCAAGAUUCUUCUUACUAUUUGACUGAAACGGCGGAAUCAUAGGGAUACGUUUUUCCAGCUCUUACAUGUGCACUUGCCAGUUCGUUUUACUAUGAUUUCUGAAGUUACUGCCUCUGUCGGCCCUUUCCUCCAUUAUACUGUAAAUUAAAGUUUGUAAUCUAGUCAUUAUAAUAUAAUAUAUAUAAUCUGUGUGGCAACUCUACCACUUAUUAAAUUAUAAUCUAUAUGUGUGGCAACUCUGCCACUUAAUAAAGACGCCAUUGUCCUCAACAUGGUAGCCGAUCAAGGUCUUUUUUUCUUUUAUUCACUGUUGGCAUAUUAAAACUGUUGGCUAUAAUUUGAUAUUAGUUGGUUUUUUAAUCUUGUUUUAUAAAAUUGAUCUGAGUGUUUAAAUAACUUAUCUAAGUCGUUUUUAAUUCAACACUGUUAAAUAAAGUAAUACCUGUGGCUAGGUUGCUAAAAGGUCGAAAAAUUAUAUAACCACAAAAAAUUUCAACGUUUUAUAUACAGCAAAUGGCAACUAAUUAAUUGAAAAAUGACAAGGAAAAGUUGAUCAGUGAAAAUUAUGAAUUAUAACUACAAGAUAAAAAAUAUUUGCAAAAAAAAUUUCUUGAAGUAACAAAAAAGGUUCUAAUACUAAAACAAAAUCGAUAGUAAAAUAAAAACACAAGAAGAUAGAGAAUUAAAAAUUGCUACUCGAACAAAAGUUGAAGAUAUAAUAAUUCCAAUUAUUACUGGAGCCAACUUUACAAGUUGGAAUUUAAAAUUAAUGUUACUUGAAUACAAAGAAUGCAAAGAACAAGCAACCAGAAUAAUAUCUGAUCAAGAUACAGAAGCAGACUGGAACACAAAGAAUUUAAAAGCUAUAAUGAUAAUUAUGAGCACAGAUAUGAUGACAAAAUUCGACGGUAUUUAUACAUCAAAAUCGACGGCACUUCAGAUACUGCAAAGAGGAAAAAUGGAAGAAAAAAAACUAAAUAAUUAUACUGAAGUGGAUGAAUUUUUCAUGGAUUUCAAACAAUCAAGCAAUUAACGAUUUUAGAGCAGCUGGCGGAGUACUGGAGGAAGCUGUAAAAUUGAGAUAUUUAAUUAAAGGUUUGCCAUCAAGCUACAGCUACAUUGGUGAUUUCAUAGAUGUCGUGCCAGAAAAACAAAGAACAGUAGACUACCUGAAAAAUAAAAUAAAAGAAAAAACAUGAACAAAAGUGAAGUAUAUAAAAGAUCAAGUGUAAGCACCUUCAAUACAAAAACGAAAAAACAACAGACAGUGUUUCGUGUGGGGUAAAUAUGGACACCAAAACAAGGACUGUUAUUAUAAUCAAAACGACCAAGAACCAACACAAGACGGUCAAGGCAGAGGAAUUCAAUAUAAUCAGGUAAGAGGAUCACAGAGAGGUUACGGAAGAGACCAACAAACUAACGAUUCUUCAAAUCAAUCUUCAGGAAACGAAUCUAGCUCAGCAUGGUCAACUCAAGUGCACCCUGAGGUAAACCAAGUAAAUAGAUACAAACAUUAAAACUCAAGCGAUAAUGAUAAUCUAAUUAAUUGGAUUUUUGAUAGUGGCUGUACAGACCACAUAAUUAAAACCGACAAAUAUUUUGUAAGUUAUGUCGAUUUAAUAAAUCCUAUUAAUGUUAAAUUACCAGACGGUAAAACAUUAGAAGCCACUAAAUUGGGAAAUGUAAAAAUAAUUUUUAAAUAUUAAUAUAAUCAGAAAAACAUAUAGAACAAUUUGUAACUGAAGUGAAUAAUACAAAAACAAAUUACACAAACGUAGUGAAACUAACUGAAAAAGAAAAAUGGCAUAGGGCAUUAGGCCAUGUAAAUUUUAAAUAUUUGAAUAAAUUAAUAAAUGAAAAAUUACUUGAAGGUUUGCCUGAAAAAAUUUAAAUGAAGUGUGCAAACUGUAUAUGUGUAAAAUAUCAAAUAUACAAUUCGAUAAUGAAAUAUCAAAAACAAAAGAAAUCUUAGAAUUAGUACACACAGAUUUAAACGGCCCACAUACUAUCGGGUAUGACGGAGAAAAAUAUUUUCUAACAUUCGUCGAUGACUAUAGCAGGUGUACUAGGUUAUACUGUUAACUUUACAAAUUUAAUAAAUGUGUAAAGAAAUUACAGUGCGUUAACGUUAUGAAAACAGUAGCUUACCUUAAAAAUCGAACUCUAGCUAACACUCAAAAGAAUAAGACACCAUACGAAAUAUUCUUCGGUAUUAAACCAAACGUUAAACAUUUGAAAAUUUACGGAAGUAGAGUGUUCGCCAGAAUACCGGAAGUUCUACGUAAACGUAAAUGGGACGACAAAGCUAAAGUUGGAGUACUUAUCGGUUACAAUGAAAACGGUUAUAGAGUACUGAUAAACGAUAGAGUAAUCAAUGUUAGGCACGUCGAAAUUGUCGAGGAUAAAACCGAGUUAAUUUGCUUAGAAAAUAACGAUGAUGAUAAAUUCGAACGCGAGAAUAAUAAUUCUAUACGUGAUAGCAUUGACAAUGAAUCCAAUUAGUGUGAAAUCUGCGAGAAUGAGGACUCUGAAAAUGAAACAACCUCACAAGAACAAAAUUUUUUGCCUAUACCAAUCCAACAGUGUACGGACAUCAAUGUCUUAAUGAUAUAAAAUACGAAAAUAAAGGAAAUUUACAAACACUUAGAGAAUCCAGUAGAAAUAAAAGUCCAGUAAAUCGAUAUGGUAAUCCAAUAUCACAUUUUAUUUACGUAAAUCACAUGCAAAUGUACCCAACACAUUCGAAGAAGCGAUCAAUUGAAUAGAACACAAAGAAUGGAAAAAAGCAAUGAAUUUAGAAAUAAAAACAUACUUGGAAAAUUGUUGAUAAACCUAAAAAUAAAAAAAAUAUUUAUGUUAAAUGGAUUUAUAAAAAACAAGUAAGGAAGCGCUAAGUUCGGAUGUAACCGAACCUUUUUUACUCUCACAAAGUCAAAUGGUAUACUCGUUUGAGAUUUCUUUGCGGAUUGACCGAUAUUUCCGGUAGAAGGUUAACUAUAGGCACUGGGGUUCACAUAUUCAGUACCUAGGGGCGUAAAUAGUUUGGAAUCGGUUGAAAUCGGUUAAUCAGAUCCUAAGAUAUGGGUUUUCACCUGUUGUUGUUGUAACGGUUACCUAAUCCCCGUUUGGGUGAUAAAUUCCAGAUUGGUUGUCGUCGAGGUCAUCUAGCUAUAGGGAAAAGGGUCUUAGAUGAGUGGGGUUCGUUGGGCAUGCAAAGAGGUGGUUAGUGUCAUGCGGAGACUCACUGCACGCAGGACUUAAGUUUGGUAUGUCGGGGUCUAUUCUGGAUAAGUAGGAGUUUAACCUGCUACAAUAUCCAGAACAAAGUUGCGCGAGGGUCACUCUGAUUUCGCGAGGCAACUCGAGCUUUACGUCUGCUAUGGAUGGUGGUUUGACUCGUAGUGCGCCAUUCACUGAGAGGGAAUCGGUGAAGGUGUUGAUGGCUUCACUGUGAAUGGCGGUCAGUGCCGACUGAAGUUCGUUGUGUCCGAAGUCCUGUCGGCGUACUGUCUAAUGUCGUCGACGUAAUCAAAAAAAGACCUCUUGAUGUACCUAGGAGGCGGCUCCACUUCAAGCAGACGACUGCAGGGGUGGUUUCUACGAAAACACCCAGCAGAAACUGCUUGGAGAGGAGCUCGUUAUGUUCCUUAACCGGAAGCAUACGGACCUCACUGUGUAGGUGUUCGAUUGGGGACAUCAAGAGGCAUCCCACGAUGGUCCGGAGUGCAGUGUUCUGACAGGUCUGGAGCUUCUUCGUCUGCGUAGCACUACAUCCAGGCGACCAUAUUGGGGCUGCAUAGUUCAGCACCGGCCGGCCGAUUGCCUUAUGUCGCCAGCAACGUUUCUUUGUCUUUUCCUCAAGAGCUGCCGGCAAGCGAUUUGAGGAUUUGUUGCGGUUCUGUACUUUGGCAGUUAUCGCGAUCGUGUGAGGAGUGAAGGAGCAAAGACUGUCUAGUGUAACGCCUAAAAUUUUAGGGUUGUUUACCUUCGGAAUUUUGUUACCAUCAACUGAAAUGUUUAGAUCCAGUCUGUACUCCUUCGUCCAGUUCGUAAAUAUGGUCGCUAUUGAUUUAGUGGGGGAGAGUGUCAGACUCCUUGCAGAGAAGAAGCGAGAAAGAUCAGAGAGAUAGCCGUUUACUUUCGAGCACAUGCCAUCGAUUCCAUUGCCCGACGUCAAUAUCGUGCAGUCAUCAGCGUACGAGGUCACCGAAAUUCCCUCUGAUGGUUGAGGGAGUUUCGAGAUGUAGAAGUUAAACAGUAAAGGAGAGAGGACACCACCCUGCGGAACCCCCUAUUUAAUUCUUCUUAGUUUGGAGUUAUGACCUCGAAACAGUACGGAUGAAUGCCGACCGCUCAGGUAGUUCAUGGACCGCUUCACCCCUGGAUGGAGCGUAGAUUGUUCGAUGUCCUAAAGUGGCGUUGUGUGGUUGACUGUGUCGAAGGCUUUCGAAAAGUCCAACGCUACGAGGAUCGUCCACUCGCAGGGUGGCUUCUGGUUUAGGCCACGAACUAUCUGGCGUUAUGACGCUAAGUGCUGUGGUGGUGCUGUGCACUUUUCGGAAGCCAUGCUGAUGUUCUGCUAGACUAAGGUAAACGUCGGUAGUAACAAGGAAUCAAGUGUCUUCACUACUGGGGAAAGAAGAGUUAUCGGACGAUAAGACUCCCCUUUGUUGACGGGUUUCCCAGGCUUCAGUAUUGGGACGACUCUUCCGACUUUCCACACAUCGGGUAUUUGAAAAGUGGCCGUCCACAAGUUGAAGACCUUGGUGAGGUUGCUUACUCCUGGCGAGCCUAGAUGUUUUAGCAUCAGCAUGCUUAUUCCGUCAGGGCCAAUGUAUUUUGACGAUUUGGCCUUUGUGAUGGCACUCUGAACCUACCCAUCGGUGAAAGUACGUGGUGCGUAGUCUUUUGGCAUUUUGCGCAGCCGUCGGGUAACACAUCGUUCGCCUUGCCAGUCGAAGGGUGCAGUGUAAACUGCCGGCUAAAAUAGCUGGCGCACUUCUUCGGGUCCGAGGAGACAUGGCCAUCGAAUUGAAUUUCAACCCGAUCAUCCUGUUCCCUCGGAUUUGACAGGGCCUUGACAGUAGUCCAAAGCUUACUUACACCGGUGGAGAGGUUGCAGGACUUCAGGUGCUCUAUCCAUUUUGUCCGCUUAUGAUGGUUUGCCAUUUACCGAAUCUCCAAAUUGAGAUCCCUUAUUCGGGGAUCAUAGGGAUCGGCAUGGCGUAAGGUGUCGCGCACGUUUGCUAGUACAGCUGCUUCGGCUGAAAAUUUUUGCGGAGUUCCGCGAUUCUUCCAGCCGGUAUGAAGCGAUCACUGGGUAGUGCGUUGAAGGUGCUCUCGGUAAAUUCUGUGAAGCCGAUCAGUUAGCUUUGUUAAAGUUAACAAAAGUGCGGUUGGUGACAGAAAUAAAGUCGGGAGGUUGCUCGAUCGAGAUAAUUAUGGGCAGAUGGUCUGAUGCGAGAGUUAGCAUAGGUCGCCAGGUUAUGCUAUUUAUCAGACCACCGCUAGCGAUGGUAAUAUCUGGCGAGCUACUACAGGUGCCCAUAAUUCUGGUGGGGGCUUCGUCAUUCAUUGUGCAGAAUGUCGAAUCGUCAAUCUGUUCCGCCAGCUCCAUCCCCCAACGAUCGUUUGAUAGGCAGGAAUGCCAAAGAUCGUGAUGCGCGUUAAAGUCGCCUAGCACCAAACGGUUUUCACCACGAAGUAGCGCAUCUAUAUUCGGGUGAUAUCCUGUUGGGCAACAUGUAACUGGGGGGAUGUAUAUAUUAAAUAUUUCGAGCUCGACAUCGCCUGACCGGACAGCUAUACCCUAACAUUCAAGGGUAGUGUCCCUGCGGUCGAUGUCAACAUCGAUUAGACGAUAUUGCACGGUGUUAUGCAAUAUGAAAGCUAGGCCCCCACCAUUAUCUCGCGGUUGGUCAGACUUGGAGUUAUGCUGUCUGUGUGAGCUCCUUAGGGCCGUGGAGGUCCUUUCUUGGCCACACGACUGGAGUGGCGGCGCAGUGCGCGAACAAGGUGCAGGUUGCACAGCCGUUUAGGCAGAUGUCGCAGUAUUGUUUUGACAGCAUGGGGCCACAUAACUCGUGGUCCCCUCCCUGUGUGGCUUAAGGCCUGAGCAGGUCUUAAGAUGGCUCGAUCCAUUGCAUGUAUUGCACCUAACCGAGGUGGAGUUUGGAUGGAGCCGUCUAGCGCAAACGCAGCAGUAAAAUUCCUCGGGGCCCGGGUUGGACUCGAUGCCAGCACGGGUCAGGAGGAUACGGAGCAGCCCUGCUGCUAGGCAUUGCCCCAAUGA